GGUACACCAGGACAGAACCGUGAACUUUGUUCCGGUGUUGUGUCACUGUGGUUGGAUUCAUGGAAAAGGAAUGUGAUUAAAAUUGGUGUUAUAUUUUUCUUAAUUUUAUAAAGGUUUUUGAAGCAGGCCACUUAAAAAGUGCAGUAGCAAUGGAUGAAUUGAUAGGAGCCUCUCAAAACAAUUUCCCAGUAAAUGUUCUCAAGUUCUUUGAUCUAACUGAUGGUUUGGAAUUGAGCUGGGCUCAUGCGGUGAACAGUCAAUUAAAACUUAAGGAAGCCUUUUCUGGAAAUAGUAUGAUGUUAGAGGCAGAUGUACUUCUACACCCCAAAGAUGGAACACCACUGAUGGCACAUCCACCCAACACCAACAGUGAUCUUUCACUUGUUCAGUUUCUAAAAAAAACUAUUGGUUCAGGUAAAGGAAUUAAGUUGGAUUUUAAGGUAACAGCUGUGGUUGAACCUUCUCUAAGAAUUCUCUCUGAUCAAACGACAGCGCAGCAUGAAGCAACUAAUCCAAUAUGGCUUAAUGCAGAUAUCCUAAGUGGACCAUGCCAAACAGACUGUAAUGAUCCUGUUGAUCCACAAGUGUUUCUUUCCCUUUGUGCAAAAUAUUUUCCUUCAGCUACUUUAUCAGUUGGCUGGACAACAGGCAAAUAUAUUUCCCCAGAAAAAGAUGGUUAUGAUUGGCAUUUGGUUCAGCCAAUGAAACAGCUGCUCUCUAAUUUGACUCAGCCAAUCACUUUUGCAAUUAGAGCCAAUUUGAUUGGUAAUUCAAUAGAGCAGUUAAUAUGGCUUCUUGGCCUCUCAGAAGAGUACACCUUAACAAUCUGGUCAGCAGACUCUGAUGCUCCAAACAUGAAAGACCUUGUUGCUCUGCAUAAUAGGGUGUCUGACAAAAAGAGGAUUUUUUAUGACCUGCCCUUACAUCAGAAAACAAACUUCAGGGAAGAACUAAAAUAUUACUGAUAAUUUUAAGGGGCCCUUGUAGAAAGCUUCUUUUUAGUUUAUACUUGAGGUAAUGAAGAUAAUUAUAAAUAAUAAUGAUUAUAGUAAUAAUAAUCUUUAUGAUGAUCAUCAUGAUAGUGAUGAUGUAUUUCACACUGCAUUUGCUUGAAAUGAUUGAACAACCAAUUAAAGUUUAUGAGAAGUGUAAUCUACUGUGGUUUUACCUGUACCCGAUUGCCAAUUAAUUUUUAUUUUGAAGUAAUCAGCAUCAAUAAUAUUACUGGUAGUUGACUGCAGUUUUGUUUCAGAAAUAAUUACUCUACCCCAAAAACUAUAUAGCUUACAUGUAUGUAAUUUCAGUGUCACUUCUGUUGUGCUAUUCAUCUGUUUUAUAACGUUCAGAAGAAAUUGUCCUUUGUAGCCCCUCUUUGAAAAAAAUGAUCAUGAUGUUUUAUAAAGAUGACCUUCAUUAGCACAGCAGAUCAAAUCCCAAAGGGGAACAAAGCUGUCAUAAAAAGCUGUAACUGCAUCCCUUAUCUGAAUUUUUUAUCUUUAUCAUAUUAAUGAUGUGCUAUUAGUGUUGUUACACUACUGUUAGGCUAAGGCAUUUUGACCUUAAAUGUUGUGUUUAUACCCUGUAGAGCUUGUGUAUGCCUAUUUACCUUGUGGGUUGUUUGCAUUACAGGACUGGUAAACUUUCAAGCUAGGCUGUCAUGUUGCUUCAACAUACAUGUUGUGGUAGCAAACAUGAUAGAUGGUCAGAGUAGUUUUCAGUUGACUGUUGAGAGUAAUCAGGGAAUGCUUUGUGCUUUGUUUUUUUUUUUUUUUUUUAAUGUUUCUGACUGACAAAAGUUUUCCUCAACCAUUCACUAUACCAGAGCCAAAUGAAUGGUACUCCAGCCAACCAAAUGUAAGCUUAAGAAAAGCAUUUAGGGAAUGGUUAUUUGCCUUGUCUCUCCUUAGAAAUGAAAGUGAAAUAUACUGUGAGGGACAGUUAACACCUCCUUACUACACCCAAAAAGUCUAUAAAAUUUUAUUUCCUUCAUUUAUUUUUGUUUCCUUCAUUCUUGAGUAUUACAAGGCUGCAACUAUAUGAUAACAGGGUUUAAUACUAAUGGUGCACAAUAGGAAGUAUACAGUUGGCAAUAGCAAGAAUAGAGAAUGGAAUGCUAUACUUAAAAGCUAAUUAAGGCUCUCAAGAAAUUUUUGACUUAAAAGCUCUCUUAUUUCCAUACAAAAAAAUAAACAAAAACAACAACACACACACACACACACACAUACACUGUGACUGCUAUGAAGUGAGGUUAGUACUGAGUAAAAUAGUAUUUGUAACGAGCCUUUGGUACACCCAAUAAUUCAUUGGACUUAACUAAAAUUACUUUCUUCAAAAUCACUUUCUCCAGCCCUCAAUACACUGAAGAAAUAAAAAUUUAAUUAUUUAAACUCAUAACUUUAUUGCUUACAUGAAAAUUCUUCCAAACACCAAGCAAACAAUCAAAACUGACCUUGUACAUCUAGAGAGUGAAUUUUCUAAUGAGAAUUCAAACAGCGCUAUCAAAGAAACUAAAACCGGCAUGCUCAUGAGGUUGCAUUUGUAAUCAAGGACCUAUCCAUAGCCACAAGUUAGUCAGUUGAAUUUGCAGAUGAAGACAUUGGUGCACUUUGGUCCAAAAGGUAGUUACUGACUCAUACACCAAGUUG